AUGAUCACCCGUCCCUCUUUCUGGGCCCGUGUUCUUUGGCUCCAUCUCAGCCGUUCAUUCAAUGAAACCCUCGACUGCCUCGUAUUCUUCCCGUGGGCCGACCGGUCGCAAGCGCGAUCGACACGGCGGAGACCCACACUCGAUCUCACAGGUACAUUGUCCAUCGCCUCAAGUCAACGAAUCUCACUGCAGAUGGGCUCACUGCCAACAACUUUCCAGGGGUCGCCGAUAGCGUUUGAGAACUAUACAGCUGGACCGCCGACCGAUGAGCCACUCUCGGGGAAAUGGAAUGGCCAUAGGGUGGAUGAUUUACCCCCCGAACUCCAGGCUCAGAUUGACCCAGCCGAUAUCAUCCCUAAUCGCAUGGGCGGUCGGUACGCACAGACGCCGUUCCACAGUAAUGGCCAACCUCAUGCUCCCGGUCUGAGGCCACAUCAUCCAUCGAGACCAGUACGCAUCGUGCGAAAGUCCCGAGCUGAGAAGGCCAAGGAGCAGGCCAAGGCUCGUCAUAAGGCUUCAGAGCGGGCGUUUCAAGCGCUGCUCGCUGCGUCGGGAAAUUCGACCUGUCCCCAAUGUAUCUACGAUCUGAGAAUCCAGAGCCGACAGCAAGUCGCUGCAAGCUUUCCAGCGUUGUAUGCCGACUUUGCCCACGGACUGAAGCCUCAAAUACGCACCAAGCUCCCCGCGUUGCCUGGUAUGGAGAUGAUAGACUUCAAUCCGAAGCCGAUGGAGGGCCAAACCACGGAUUCACACGGCGUGUCUCUGACGGAAAUCUUGGACUUUCGAGACGUCCUCGAAGGCGCUCGAGAUCCGAUUCUUCACGGAUCGGCGGACGUGAAGUUGAAAAUCCAGCAUCCUGGGUAUCCUAUUGUUGUCAAAGAGCUCGCCAGCAAUUGUGAGCACCGACCUGUGUCUCGGUUCAACCUAGCAUACAGUGUUGCUGAGGCCUACUCCUCCUUCUUUGAGCACAAUAAGUUCAGCCGCGCAGAUGCUGCUGCUUCCGGGGCCGAGGUCUCGAUCCAGUUCCUUCAUCAAAUGCGGCUUGUUAGCCUCUACACCACAGACCAUUCCAAUUAUAUUGCCCAUAUCGCACUUGUCGAAAUCACUGCAUCGACCACGGUGUCCUUUGUCUCCCAUGUCAAGCCGGAGUGCUCUACCUUCCAAUCCGGCGUCCGGCAACGGGUCUGCCUCUCGGCGCGAUACGAACCAGUCCGUAUCAUCGUCUUCAAGUCGGACAGAGCGGGCAGGCUCCAGGAAUGGCGGCUCUUCUGUACGUCGCGCGAAGUGGUCCUCUUCAACAACCGAUUUAAUGUGAUUAUGAAGCCAGCCGUCGAAUCUGCCGUGACGCGUCUGCUUGUAUCAAUCAAGCAGCUACUCGAGUCGCUUACGCAAUGGAGUGUACUGAAGAUCGACGAGAAUAGUGUGAGCGAUGUGUAUGUCAGGCUGGGGAACGACUUCAAUGCCGCGGUGGCCGCAUUUGCCGCCUACAAUAUUGAUAUGGCUGAGCUAAUGACUGUUCCGGAUGAUCUGCGCAAUGUCCUCGAGCAAUGCCUUGCCGAGGACGCGUCACAGGAUAAUCUGGAACUUUAUCUCCCGACUGUACGACAGAUAAUCACGAAUCUCCUACAAGGGCUGCGAGGGAAACAAUCCAUCUACCGACGCAUCAUGUCUGACCAUCGGCGUUCCGAGCAAUCCACGUCUGAGCGGACGGACAGUCGCUCUUCGAGGUCGAAGCGCGAAGGCUCUCACCGUUCGCAACUAUCACGCUCGGGACUCAGUGACGAGAAUCCCCCAACCCCAACGUCUGCGCGCGACAGCACUUCGUCACGAAGGAGUGCUGGACAUUCAUCGAGAAGAAGGGACCCUGGCUCACCUCUAGUUGGAAACACGAUGAACGGAGAAGCUUUCAUUGGAGGCUUUGCCCCAGCCUUAGUUGAGCCCACGCCGACAGAACCUACCCCGGAAAGGGAAGUUGCUGACUCGCCGGAGCCGCAAUCACGCCGAAACCGAAAUGUACCUCCGCCCAUCGACCCUCCGCCCGCCGAAAGCGUGGACCAGUAUCCGAGCAACUCUCCAAAUGACCCCACGCUUCCAAUGCCGUCGCCAGCACCCAACGUCCCCGCCAGUGUGAAGCGAUAUUCACUGGUCGACAAACCACUGGCUACUCCGCAGGUAGUCGUCGAGCCUUCAACUCCUGGUCCUGACAUGGAACGUCUGAAUGGAACUGUAUCCCCCCCUCCACCAGAUACUCCGCCCAUCGAUGCAUUACAGGCGCCCGCUGUUGCCAACUCUCUGGCUGCGUUGAAAAAGAGUGAUACACUCGAGCGCCGCGCCUCCAAGCGAUUCUCGACCUACAAUAUCUCCAAGAUGACUGGGGCGAUACCGACCCGAGAACGAUCCGUGCGUACAGGUUCAGGGGCAGCUAAUCGACGGUCUCUGGCAGCCGGGUCUGCGCUCACACCCGGGGACCUUGCCGUUCUCACUGAAGUAGACGACGAGGAACCUGCUGCACCCACUCUGGUCAGGAAAAGCAGCAAUUCAAGGUCGCGUGCGAGCCCGUCCGGUGCUGAUCGCAGCCAAGCAGGAACACCUCCGGUUCCGCCUCUUCCGUCGACUCCGUCGCGGACACCGGAGCCCGUUUUGGCUGUUUCAUCUGCUGCUGCGUCGGUGGAAUCUUUGGUCGCCCCAGCUCCACCGCCACCUGCAACCCAGUUGAUCGUUUUUCUUCAACUGGGACGCGAGGUCAAGAAGGUCACAAUCGACAGAGGCUUGUCUGUUGCUUCGCUUCGGAUGUUAUUUGUGGACAAGUUCUCGUAUAAUCCUGGCCUGGAAAAUUUUCCUGCGAUCUAUAUCAGGGAUCCUGCGAGCGGAGUGCAGUACGAGUUGGAGGAUAUGGACGAGGUCAAGGAGAAGUGUUUGCUUUCACUCAACAUUGAACCUCUCGAUCAGAUCAAGCAGCACAUCGAUGCUCAGAUCUCGACGUUGUCCCAAGAUAUCAAAGAGCUCAAGUCGGUUGUAAAUAACAACGGCAGCGGCAACAGUGGCAAUCGGCAAUCGAUACAUCUGCCGGCGAUUGUCGGCCAACCUCUGGCCGAAAGCACACCAGCCCCUAAUCGACCAACGGAUCGCCAAUUCCAGAACGUAGCGCGACGGCUAUCAAGAUUCGUCGGCGAUGCCUCGUCUGAGAUGCCGCCGUUCUCCACAUCGCCACCGCCGAUGCCAUCUGCACAGAGCACGCUGCAGCCACAGAUGACAGGAGGCUCGGUGCUCUCUGAUUAUUCGUCUCGUGUCGUGACGGAUCUCAAAACGCAAUUCGACGAAGUUCAGAAUCUGCGCCGAGACCUCGGGGUUCUGCGUCAGCUCUAUACCGAGUUCAUGAAGUCGACGAAAGAUUCGCUCGGGUCUCUUCGUGCGCAGACCAAGUCCGUAAAGCAGCUGGCAAACACCAACGUCGGCGGAGCACGUGGCUACAUCGACACGGGGAAGAAGAAACUGGACAACCGCAGUCAGAAUGUGCUCACGGAGAUCGAGAAGCUCCAAGACGCCGUCGAGAAUGUCAAAGACGACGUCGUCAAACGGCAUAUCACCCCGAAGAUGCAGUAUUUGAAGACCAUCAAGAACGACAUCGAGGCCCUUUCCGCAGAAAUGGCUAGUCUGAAGGAGCACAUUGACACGGUGAAACCGAUGUGGAAGAAGACUUGGGAAGAAGAGUUGCAGAACAUCGUUGACGAGCAGGGAUUCCUCAAUCACCAGGAGCAGUUCCUCGAGGAUCUGAUCGAAGACCAAAAGGCGCUUGUCGAGGUCUAUGGGCAUGUCGAAAAGAUCAUCAGCAUCCGAGGGCCUGGUUCAGUGGGCAGUCGGAACGGCAGGAAAGGGUUCCGCCCGCCACCCAUCGAUGAAGGGCAUAAUGGGCUCAGCACGGUCAUGCUCGAGAUCCGGGGCGCGGCCAUCGACCCAGAGAAGCGGAUGAAGGCCAUCGAGGCCAGCCAGAAGAACAGGCAGAAGGAACUGGCAAGCCGUUCGGACGAGAUGCAAGCUGAAUUGACCGACUUCGUGACGAACAAGAAGCUGAAAAUGACGGGUGGCGCAGAGGAAGCUGAACGUGUCAGGCAACGGCGCAACGAAAUGACGCUCAAGGCCAUGUUUAGCAGCGGUGGGGUCACUGAGAUGGGCAGCAUGUCUGGUGACUCUAGUAUGUGA